AUGGCACAUAGCAAAAGAAACACCUCGCUCGCCUUCUUCACGGCGCACGAACGCGCUGAACUCAAAGGCCAUUGGGGAUCCCGCUCAACUCGACUGAAUCGCGAGAGUUUUCUUCCGUUCGGCAGUUGUCAACUAUGUCUCUUACCUGCGCGUGAUGCCGUCGCCUGCCCAGGCCAAGCGCAUCUCUUCUGUCGAGAAUGCGCCGUCAGCAAUCUCCUUGCGCAGAGCAAAGAGCUCAAGCGACUGAAACGAGAUGUAGAACGUCGUCAACGUGAGGAUGAGGAGGAAAAGCAGCUCGAUAAUGCAGAGGCCGAUGCCCGCGCCUUGGAAGAGUUUGAGAAAGUGCAGACAGGUCUUUUAAUCCGGUCGGGCGGGAAUAAUCGGACGGAGCAAGUGGUUGGGAGAGCGAAUGGCAAGAUCAUCAUCGAAACAGAUGUGCCAGACGCCCCAAAGGGCACAAAGCGGAAGUUUGAGCUCGAUGAGGCGGAAUUGGUCCGGCUUGCCGAUGCAGAUCGUGAGGAUGUGAAACGGCGCAUUGUGGAAGAGCGAUCAGCAAAGAGUGCUCUGCCGUCUUUCUGGGUCCCAAGCGAAACACCGUCAAAUCACAUUGCCGUUGCAAAAGUCGCGAAACGCCAUCCAACAUGCCCUGCUGCGGCCGCCGACAAGCCGCACGAAUUUUCUCUGAAAACGCUCAUCACCGUCCAAUUUCACGAGGGCAACGAUUCAAAAUCAACGCGAAGCGAGAACUCCAACGGCAUCAGCAAAGACUCAGAGAAUCCAUCAAGGACAUGUCCAAGUUGUCACAAAGCCCUUUCCAAUGCCACCAAAGCCGUGUUGGCGAUGCCCUGCGGCCAUGUCUUGUGCAAGACGUGCAGUGACAAAUUUCAACGACCACAAAUCUCAGCGGUCCUCACGGAUCAUGAAGAGGAUGGGCGUGCGCGUUGUUACGUGUGCCAGGAAGAUGUCACGCCCACCAGCGGUCAAAAGUCCAAGAAGAAAAAGAAAGGGGAGAGGAAAUUGGAUGAAGGCGAAGUUGACGACGGUGGCGACACGAAGAAGCGAGGGUUGAUUGAGAUAUGCAGCGACGGAACAGGUUUCGCUGGCGGAGGCACGAACAUGGUGCGAAAAGAAGGCGUCGCGUUUCAAUGCUGA